AUGUCGCGCAAGGACGAUCCGAACACGCUCUGGCCCCUCGCCGACCUCGUCGGCAAGGGCUUUCGCGACCGACGCGAUUCCCCAAUGUACGCGCAGUUCAACACGCCGGUCGGAUGGCAGAGCGAGUGGAAGGAGACGGACAACGAGCUCAACUGGUACGCCCUCCAGAACGACAACCCGGUGACGCUCGCGCCGCUGCCCGCGGAGCCUCGCGGCCCCUCCGCCGAGGCCGUCCGCGCCGCUUGCGAGGCGUUCGGGCCGGUGGUGAGCGUGAACCGGCCGAGCGGGUUCGAGGUCGCCAUCGUGCAGUUCGAAAAUCACGACGACGCCAUCAAGGCGCAGAAGCUGGGCGUCAAGUUCGCCAUCGCGAGCGAUCCGAACGACUCGGAGUACCUCCGCCGGUACGUCGAGGACGGCAAGGACCUCGCGGGCAACGACGCCGUCGGCACCGCCACGCUUCGCCCGAGGGUCCGGCCCCGAAAGCUGCUCAACCCCGAGCUGUACAAGUGGAGAGCCGCGUUGCGCGAGAAGCACAGGGAGGCGUCCGAGCGCAGGGAGGAGCUCCUGAAGGUGGGCAUCACCGACGACCCGAACGACCCGGAGAACAGGCGGAGGUAUUUCAAGAAGAUGUUCCCGCACCUGGUCAAGGCGAACCACGUCAACGGGCGUUACGGCGACGGCGACCACCCGUCGCUGGCGUCGAAGCGCGCGCAGGCUGCGUGA